GCUCAGAGGAGGCGGCAGCGGCUGCUGAAGAUGCUAAGUUUCUCCUGGGUGCUUCUCCCGCUGGUUGCUUCUAUCCAUCCGGAAUGCAAGAUAUUCCAACAGGUGGUGAAAGACCAGGCUCUAUGUUUAGAAAAAAAUGAAACUACUUUACCCAACUUAAAAGGAUGCCCAGGGGAUUGGGAUGGACUGAGUUGCUGGCCCAAAGCCACUUUUGGAGAAGUGGUAAAAGUUGCAUGCCCUGGUUUCUUUGAAGAAAUCACCAACAUACAGGGUUUUCUGCAAAGAAACUGUACACAGGAGGCAUAUUGGUCAGAACCAUACCCACCAUACUCUAUUGCCUGCGGAUUUGAUGAAGAUUCCAGUAAAGGCCCUGAAGAUCAGAAAUCAUAUUAUUCUGCAUUUUGGCAUGUCUACACUGCCGGCUAUGCGACAUCUCUGACUUCACUCAUUACAGCUCUCGUUAUCUUUGCCAUCUUCAGAAAAUUCCACUGUACGCGGAAUUACAUCCACAUGCACCUGUUUGUCUCUUUCAUCCUCAGAGCUACUGCUGUUUUCAUUAAAGAUGCUGUUUUGUUUGCUGAUGAAAAUAUGGACCACUGCUUAAUGUCAACGGUUGCAUGUAAGAUUGCAGUGGCAUUCUUUCAGUUCAGCAUUUUAGCCAACUUCUUCUGGCUCCUGGUAGAAGGGAUGUACUUGCAAACACUGCUGCUCUUGACAUUUGUUUCUGAUAAACAGUACGUGUGGUGGUUCAUUUUGAUUGGCUGGGGAACUCCCAGUGCAGUGAUGUCUGCUUGGAUCCUAACCCGAAUCUACAGACAGAAUACAGGAUGCUGGGAUGAUGAUGAUGAGAAUACAGCAGUGUUAUGGAUCAUCAAGGGACCCAUACUGUUCUCUGUAUUAAUUAACUUUAUUAUAUUUGUCAAUGUGAUCAGAAUUCUGGUGCAGAAAUUACAAUCUCCAGAGGUCAGCGGCAGCCAGUUUAGUCAUUUUGUGAGACUAGCUAAAUCCACACUGCUCCUAAUCCCACUCUUUGGAGUGCACUACAUCGUGUUUGCGUUUUGCCCAGAAAGCACUGGAUUGGACGCUAGACUUUAUAUUGAGCUGGGCUUGGGCUCCUUUCAGGGUUUUGUUGUCGCCCUUCUAUAUUGCUUCUUAAAUGGAGAGGUUCAGGCUGAAUUAAAGAAGCGACUGCGCAAAUGGCAGUAUCAGGAGUACCUGAGCUUCACCCGCAAACCUCGGUGCAUGUCUAGAGAAAACAGCCCUGUUAACUAUGUCACUCAGUUAUCACUGCUUGAAAAAAUCAGCCCUAAGAGGAAAACGUCCCUCUACCGGAACGGCACAUCCUCCGUGUGAGCCUCCCAUAGCAAGCUGAGCUGUUGCAGUAUUGUCUCCUGAAAACAUAACGGAGGGAUGGCCAGAAUGGAGUCUCUGGAGGGUGACCAUAUUUCCCUAUGCUGAAUGCGGGACACCGGGUACAAUUAUUCAUAUUCAAGCGAGUUCCAUGGCAAUCAGUCAGAACUAUGCAGCACGAAUGUUCAAAUUAACAUCAAGCUGACUGAGCCCCCAUUAAAAAGAAAUACUGUGGAGUUGGAUUCUUUUUAUUUCCCUUCUUAUCUUUAAAGAUCUAGGGUUCACGCAGGGAGGGGUGACUGACACACCCCUACCCCCCCCCACACACACAAGGAGAGGUGACACAUAUACAUGCCCAUACACCUCUCUCACACAGGGUGGGUGACUGACUGACCCGACCCUCCCUGCCUGAUGCGCUUCGCCUGCCAUGCCUGGCUGGGCCCCCGGGACGGACCCACCUCUUCUGGUACCUGGCGCUGCGUC